AUGCUGUCACCUUUGCGUGUCUUCACACGCACUCGCCUUCUUCCCGGCCACCACCGAAUUGCAUCACAGUGUCGAUCACUCUUGACUCUUGCCAUCGAAACAUCUUGCGACGACACAUCCGUUGCCAUCGUCGAAAAACACAAAGAUGCUUCAGCAACCCUUCACUUCCACAAAAAAGUGACUGCCAACACAGCUGCUUACAACGGAAUCCAUCCCGUCAUCGCUCUCGAGUCGCAUCAAUCCUCCCUUGCACCCUUACUGCAAGAGGCAUUGAACCAUCUACCACCUUCGCAACCACACUCGGAUCCUUGUAAUGCUUUACACCAUGGAAACACCUCGCGCAUCAAGCCAGACUUCAUCUCGGCCACAAGAGGACCUGGUAUGCGCUCCAAUCUGUCGGUUGGCCUGGAUGCUGGCAAAGCACUAGCUGUGGCAUGGAACGUUCCUGUCAUAGGCGUCCACCAUAUGCAAGCUCAUGCCUUGACUCCACGCUUGGUAUCUGCACUCGAAUCCAAGGUGUCGUCUGGACCAACCUUUCCCUUCCUUAGUGCAUUGGUGUCCGGAGGUCACUCGAUGUUGAUCGAAUCUACUGGAUUGGCCGAUCACAAGAUCCUAGCCACGACUGGCGAUAUUGCGCUAGGCGACUGCUUGGACAAGGCUGCGCGCGCCAUCUUGCCUCCUCACCUAGCAGUGCCUCCUUACGGACGCGCACUCGAACAAUUCGCCUUCCCCGCUGGCGCAUCGGACUACAACUACACAGCACCUGCAAAGAGAGACGCCGAACUCGCACGCAGAGUCACAAAAUGGGGCUGGGGUCUAGGUGCACCCCUAGCCGGAAGCAAAAACGGCAGUAGCAGUCGCAAGAUGAUCUAUUCCUUCUCCGGUCUAUUGAGCAGCAUCGAACGUUUUGUUAGAUUCGAGUACGACCACCAAAACGCGACCAUCUCUAGCCGAAUACGCCAGCCAGGCGACUUGUCCGACGAUGAGCGCCGCGACAUGGCCAGAGAAGUCAUGCGCGUAGCCUUUGAGCAUCUCGCUUCUCGCGUUCUGCUGCACCUGUCGUCUCUGCCGCCCACAGAGGCUGCCAAGGUCAGGUCUGUGGUUGUAUCUGGAGGUGUGGCAGCGAACUGCUUCUUGCGCCAUGUGAUGCGUGCUUUCCUGGACGUCAGAGGUUAUAGCCAUGUUGAGUUGUUCUUCCCGCCUGUCGAGCUGUGCACAGAUAAUGCGGCUAUGAUUGGGUGGGCGGGUAUCGAAAUGUGGGAGGCGGGCUGGAGAUCGCAGUUGUCGGUGCGGCCGAUCAAAACGUGGUCCAUGGAUCCAAGUGCUACUGAUGGUGGUAUCUUGGGCGUCGAGGGAUGGUCGAAGGUAUAA